AUGGACAAGCUGCACGAGGCGCUGAUGCACAUGGAAGACGCUCUGGCUUCGGAGCACGCCGCCUGCUUGGCGCCCUGGGACUGGAAGGGCUCCGCCGGGCCUCUGGAGCUGCGCCCGCUGUCGCCGGCGCUGGAGCCGUGCUGCUCGCCGCCCUGCCCGGCGGCCGAGGCGCCGCUCGGCGCGCUGGCGCUGGCCGAGCUGCCGGCCGGCCGCGGGCCCGGCCCGGCCCGCGGGCCCAAGGCGCGGAUGUCGGCGCAGCGCCGCAGGAAGGCCAGCGAGCGGGAGAAGCUGCGCAUGAGGACGCUGGCGGACGCGCUGCACACGCUGCGCAACUACCUGCCCCCCGUCUACAGCCAGCGCGGCCAGCCCCUCACCAAAAUACAGACCCUCAAGUACACCAUCAAGUACAUCGGCGAGCUGACCGAGCUCCUCGACAGCGGCAAGCGCGCCUAG